GUUCACGCUACUUACAAAGGGAGCUGGCCACCCCACGCAUCCGCCCACUUGGACUUUUUUCCCUACCACUACAACUCGCCCGACACAAACGCGAUGACGUACCACACCAACAACGAGCAAACGGAAAGAGAAGGAAUCUACCAGCCGUCCACGACAAACGCGUUGAUACGAAUAUGGCGUAAAUCACUCGAGGAAUCGAAUGGA